AUGGCUGAAAGCUUGCCUGUUCCUCCUGCACCUCCUCGCUACCAAGAGCGACACGACGUGAUUCAAUACUACGGUACACACGGCAUGGCUGCCACGUUGUCCAAGAAGGACCACAUAGCCGGCAUGGUGUCGACCACAGGAACUGCGAAGCAGAGAAGUUGGCGACGCCUUGGCGCUGGCACCACCCUCUCCCAAGAGACAGAAGAGAUGCUCGUUCGUUGGGUGCACGACAUGCGCAAAGACGGGGUCCCAGUCACGCACGCAAUGCUUCAGCUCAUGGCACUCGAAGCCGCCGUGGAUGAGGGAUACAGUGAAGUGGUGGUGGGUUUGCACAAGUAA